GGCUGUCGUCACAUGGCCCCCCUCCCGCGGCGAGGAGAGCCGGCAGGCAAGGGGAGUCCGGGCUAGGGUCGCGGCGGUGUUGGGAAGUGGUGGUUUUGCUUGGCAUCGGGAUUGCUGGCAGUGUCUGCCGGUUUCGGCAAGGGUUCCAGGACAGCAUAGGGAUCUAGGGAGGUUGCACAUCUGCUUGUUUGCUAUUUUCUUUGUGUUGCCUUUUAAAGGACUGUCCGCUGUUGGGGGAGGGAGGAGAAUGGACAGAACACUGACUAGAACGUUACUGGAGCAUUUCUGAUGGGACGAGCACAAUAACAAGUCUGUAUUCUUCCUUCAUUUGCUCCACUAGGUUAAUUUCACUUUCGAGUGCUCAAUUUUGAAAUAGGUUAGUGUGUUUGGCAGAAUUUGAUCGAAUUUAGGAGUGAGAGCUUGAACCACUUCAGUUGCAUCUUAUUGGAGCACAAAGCACACUGUUCACGAUGGAAGUUUUGAGGACUUGUGUACUGAGAAGAAAUGCAUGUACUGCUGCCUGCUUCUGGAGAAGCAAAGCCGUACAAAAACUUUCAGUUAGGAAGAUUAGUACUACCUCUCCAAGGAACACUGUCAUGCCCGCUUGGGUGAUUGAUAAAUAUGGGAAGAAUGAAGUGCUUCGCUUCACUCAGAACAUGAUGUUACCUAUCAUACACUAUCCAAAUGAAGUUAUUAUCAAAGUACAUGCUGCGAGUGUAAAUCCUAUAGAUGUUAAUAUGAGAAGUGGUUAUGGAGUGACAGCUUUAAAUAUGAAGCGUGAUCCUUUACAUAUUAAAAGAAAAGGAGAUGAAUUUCCUCUAACUCUGGGCCGGGAUGUCUCUGGUGUGGUGAUGGAGUGCGGGCUUGAUGUGAAGUAUUUCAAGCCUGGAGAUGAGGUCUGGGCCGCAGUUCCUCCUUGGAAACAAGGCACUUUCUCAGAAUUUGUUGUGGUCAGUGGGAAUGAGGUCUCUCACAAACCCAAAUCACUCACGCAUACUCAAGCUGCCUCUUUGCCAUAUGUGGCUCUCACAGCCUGGUCUGCCAUAAACAAGGUUGGCGGUCUGAAUCACAAGAAUUGUACAGGAAAACGUGUUUUAAUCUUGGGAGCUUCAGGUGGAGUUGGUACUUUUGCAAUCCAGGUAAUGAAAGCAUGGAAUGCUCAUGUGACAGCAGUUUGCUCUCAAGAUGCCAGUGAACUUGUGAGGAAGCUUGGGGCAGAUGAUGUAAUUGAUUACAAAUCUGGAAGCGUGGAAGAACAGUUGAAAUCCUUAAAACUGUUUGAUUUUAUCCUUGAUAAUGUCGGUGGAUCUACUGAAAUGUGGGCUCUCAAUUUUCUCAAGAAAUGGUCAGGAGCCACCUAUGUGACUUUGGUGACUCCUUUCCUCAUGAACAUGGACCAACUGGGCAUAGCAGAUGGCAUGCUGCAGACAGGAGUCACUGUGGGCACCAAGACAUUAAAGCAUUUCUGGCAAGGAGUCCAUUAUCGCUGGGCCUUUUUCAUGCCCAGCGGUCCAUGUCUAGAUGAAAUUGCAGAACUUGUGGAUGCAGGAAAGAUUCGACCAGUUAUUGAACAAACCUUUCCUUUUUCUCAAGUUCCGGAAGCUUUCCUAAAGGUGGAAAGAGGACAUGCACGAGGAAAGACCGUAAUUAAUGUCAUUUAAAUAAAUACUGUAUGUGGUUUAGUGA